AUGUCAUCUACCGAAUCUUUGAAGAAGUAAGUUUACAUGGUAAAUAGAAUGUGCUUUUACAUAUUCUGCCACCAAAGUUUUUAAAAACUGACAGAGCUCCAAAUAUAUGACCAAAAAAGUAAAGGUAUAGCCAAAUUCCAACAAAAAUAACAAUUUUUUUCACUUUUUUACAAUGUAAAACAGCAAAAUGUUAAAAUUUUAAAAAAAAUUAUUAUAUUGCCUAAAAUUUCAAAAUUCUGCAAAUUUUUUUUUCAAAUUUCGAAAAAUGUCUUUUAAACUUUGUCAUUUCUAGUAAUAAAUCGUACGAUUCCGUUGCUCGGCUGCCUUCACCUCAAAGCAUCGAACGAAUCCGUCGGAUUCACAAGGAAGAGCAGAAAAAGGCUACUGUAAGUUUUUUAAAAUUUAAAAUUGUUUUUAGUUUAAAAUGGCAAGAACUUUGUUUACAAAACUUAAAAUUGCAAGAACUUUUUUUACGUAACAAAAAAUGGCAAGAACUUUCUUUACAUACUAUAAAAUUGCAAAAACUUUCUUUACAAAACUUAAAAUUGCAACAACUUUCUUUACAAAUCAAAAAAUGACAAGAACUUUUUUUACAAAACGUAAAAUAGCAAGAACUUUCUUUACAAGCUUUAAAAAUUAAAGUUUUAAACUAAUUGCCUUGAGGCCGCCCGUGAGAGGAACGAAGAACGUCGUCGACGCAAAAAGGAGAAAAAACGCCGCUCCAAACACAAAUCUAAGGACAAGUCGAAGCAAAGGCCUGAUACGAAUGCUAGAAGUUCGCUGAGUAGAGGUCUGACCACUUAUGAUGGUACAGUAACUGAUCGUAGCCAGAGAUCAAGCCAGUCUUUGAGUGAUGGGGGUAAGUAACUUUUUGUGACUUAACCCACUCUACCCUGCUUUACUUGUAUACCAUACCCUAAGACCUGUAGUGCCUAAAGCCCUACCGUACCCUGAGACCUUCCGCAUCCUAUGCCCUACCGUACCCUAAGCCUUACCGUACCCUAGGCCCUACCGUACCCUAAGCCUUACCGUACCCUAGGCCCUACCGUACCCUAGGCCAUACCGUACUUUUUUUACUCUACUUUGCCUUUUGCUACCUUACUCUUCCUUACAGUAUCCUCCUCCUCCUCAUCGCUGUGGGACGACGACAACAAUAUCACAUCGUACGAUGCAGCCGAAGCCGAGACCGCGUUCAUGAACAAAAAGUUUGCGGGUCAACGUAGCCUGACCGAGAUGAAGCGGAUCCUGAAUCCAACCCAGUUCAUGAUCUACUACCGUACCGACGUCAAGUCCCGCAUCCCCGGCGAGAUACCGUUCCAGCUGCCAUUGUGCCUGGCCUACAAGGACGGUGGCAACAAAAUGUACAGUUUCCCAGUCCAGACGUUCGAGGAAACCGGCUUCAGAUGCCGUGAAACCAAAUGGGUUGUCAAGUUGCCGGGCAAGUGCAGUAGCGCAUCGUUCACGUCGCUUCAGAAGCUGUUGGAGUACUAUGAGAUCUACUCGUUUGUGAACCCGAACAAUGGCACGGUCGAGGUGUUCCCGGUGUGGUUGGCUCAGGCUGAGUGA